CCCACGGAUGUAGCGUACCGUCUAUCCGGAAUACGGUCCGCGGCGAUAGUUGGCUAAGUUAGUUUAGCCCCUGAAGUUGAGGCGAACGGAGAAGCGGUUUGGUCUUCGACUAUGGCCUUGCGAGGGUCAGAGGAGGUCGAGGAGCAAAUGGAAGAAGCAGAACACUCAGAGGACCGGGAGCUGAGAGUGUCCCCGGCCGAGGAAAUGCCCGCCGACGGGCCUGGAGAGGAAGAACCGGAGCAGCUGCUGCUACCGUGGGACCGAUUCUCCGCCUGGCUGCACUGCAUCUGUGUGGUGGGAUUCGACCUAGAGCUCGGACAGGCGGUGGAGGUUAUAUACCCUCAUCAUUCAAAGCUCACAGAAAAAGAGAAAACAAGCAUCUGCUACCUGUCAUUCCCAGACUCCAACUCAGGUUGCCUGGGGGACACGCAGUUCUGCUUCCGUUUCCGGCAAGCGGCGGGCAGGAAGUCGUCGCUAGGAUGUUUUCUGGACCACUUUGACAGAGAUGCGCCGGUCUGCCUCAAGAAAGACCAGGGACAUUUCUACGGUUACGUCUACUUCAGGCAGGUUCGAGAUAAAUCGCUGAAGAGGGGUUACUUUCAGAAGUCUCUGGUUCUCAUCAGCAAGCUACCUUAUGUGACCUUCUUCCACUCGCUUCUGAAGCUCAUUGCCCCAGAAUACUUUGAGAAACAGGAGCCCUGUUUAGAGGCUGCUUGCAACGAUAUUGAUCGGUGGCCGACGCCGAGUCCAGGGAAGAUAUUAUCUCUCCCAAUCAUGGGUGUAGUCAUGAAGCUACGUAUUCCUACAUGUUACGACAAGCCAGGAACCUCGCAGCUUGUGCUGUCCACACCGAGCGACAGUCUUGUGUCUAUCGUGCUCCCUACAAUCCAUGAAGUGGACCUCUUCAGGUGUUUCUGUCCAGUCUUCUUUCACAUUCAGAUGUUGUGGGAGCUUGUGUUGCUGGGUGAAGCACUGGUUGUCAUGGCACCCUCACCAGCAGAGUCUUCAGACACCGUGCUAGCGUUAGUCAGCUGUGUUGCCCCAUUGCGUUACUGCAGUGACUUCCGCCCCUACUUCACCAUCCACGACAGUGAGUUCAAAGAGUACACAACCCGAACUCAGGCUCCACCGUCUGUCAUUUUGGGCGUGACAAACCCUUUCUUUGCCAAAACUCUUCAGCAUUGGCCUCACAUUAUCCGUAUUGGUGACAUGAAACAAACAGGAGAGAUGGCCAAACAAAUGAAAGUGAAGAAAUUAAAGAAUUUGAAGACUCUGGAUUCUAAACCAGGUGUAUAUACCGCAUAUAAGCCAUUCCUGAACAAAGAUGAAGAAAUCAUCAAGCAGCUACAGAAGGGGGUUCAGCAGAAACGCCCUUCUGCGGCUCAAAAUGCCAUCCUGCGGAGAUAUUUCUUGGAGCUGACGCAGAGUUUCAUCAUUCCCUUGGAGCGCUAUGUUGCCAGCCUGAUGCCUUUACAGAAGAGCAUCUGCCCUUGGAAAAGUCCUCCUCAGCUGAAGCCUUUCAUUCAGGAUGAGUUUAUGAAGACUCUGGAAAAGGCUGGACCUCAGCUCACCUCACGACUCAAAGGAGACUGGAUAGGCCUUUAUAGGCAGUUCCUCAAGUCACCCAACUUUGACGGCUGGUUCAGGAACCGAAGGAAAGAGAUGACUCAGAAAUUAGAGGCCCUGCACCUUGAGGCACUUUGUGAUGAGGAUCUCCAGUUGCGAAUUCAAAAACACACAGAAGUGGAGACAGUCGACCUUGUACUCAAAUUGAAGGACAAACUGACGCAGGCAGAGAGAGAGAAGCUGCCAGUAAGAGCAGGGACCCUGGCCAAACUUCAGGCCCACAUCGAGUCAGUCAUCCUCACUCUUCCAGAAGACCUGCAGGGCAUCCUGCACAAGCCUGUCAGCCCCUGACCUUAACAAAAACUACUGCGUAACCAAGGCCAAGAGGGGACAGCGGAGCUGAUGACUGUGUUUUGGCGUCGGAGGCAAACCUGGCACCUCCUCUGUGGAUUUUAACCGGCUCUACUUUCAAGUGCAAUUGUUUCCUAUAGACCUGUGUGCCCUGGAGUGGGGCAAUGCUGGCAUUGCCGAAGCCCGGCAAAGAUGAAAUCGGUCUGAUGACUUUUGCCACGCUGUAUGUAAGAGAUUGUUUCUUUGGAAAGUGAUGCAUAUUCUGUUAAGUUCCACAUAUUUAUACUGUACGUCUCUCACUGUGUGAGACUGACUUUGUUUUUGAGUUUGAAAAACAUGGCUGCCUGGAGAGAAACUGAGGUGUAGAGAAACCACAAGGAAGGCUACCAGCCAGAUAUUUAAGCCCUUAAAUGAAAUGUUAGAGGAGGAAGUGGUGAAUACAUAGUAAAGCUGGCUUUUUCCAAAAUUCCUGCAGCUGGUAGAUGUUCAGUUGUUUUAUUGACUGGGGUAGGCAGGUUUUCUGGGCAUAGAGUUGGCCCAGCCCUAAAUAUUUCCUUUGGAUAUGUCAUGUUGUUCAUUUCUAUAAGCUGAAGAUUUGUUGGUCUGCAUCAAAAAACCUGCCCAUACGGUACGUGUCCACAGCAUAUGCCGCAGAUGUCUCCCUUCACUCCCUUUGCCGGUGCCUCACCGCUUGAGGCAAAUAUUUCUGUAUAGUAUGUUAGAGUAGUUAAAAUGUAUUAAUUUUCACUCGGUUUAGAGUGGAAUUCAGUGAUGCACGUUCCCUCUCAGAUGGUCCUCUCACAAUAAAAAAAAAUCCUUUUUUAUUAUUGUACUCAGCUUCAAGAAGUACAUGGAGCUAAAAGUAGUUUCAUCCAGACAACAUUAUGUAGGUCUAUCCUUGUUGUGCGCGGUCAAUGGAAAUCAGCAUUUGCCUGUGUAAUUUGCAUGGGCUGCGUCUAAAACUGCAUACUACCUUAUCAAAUAGUAUGUCAAAAAUAGCACACCACCAUGAGAUGGCAUUCAUUUGUGUAGUGUGCUGGUAUGUGGUUUUGGACACAGGCGGAAAGUUAAAACCAGCUCUGCUUUUCUCACCACGCCCUGAGUGAAGUUCGCAUGACUUGCCCACCGUCACUUUUCACUACUCCACACUAAAAACAAAUGGGAGUGGAAUCGGAUAGUGUAUUUGCGGGCAGUGGACACGUACCAUGGGUAGUACAAAACACUGGUUAGGUAGCCAAUAAUAAGCAGGGAAUAAAGAAAAAUGCACUGAUAUUCUAGGUUAAUGAGGUUGAUUAUUGUGACAAUGCAAAGGUUUCAGAUAUGGAGCAACACUAAGAGCACAGCAGACCUGAAAUAUCUUAAUGAAGGAACAGUGACGUGUGCUUCAUUUUCAGAACGAGGGGUAUUACAACUGAUGCUGAUUUCUGGCAUUGUAUGUCAUUCAAAAUGUCUAGCAUUCAUUCUUUUUCAAUGGGGUGGAAACUGUGGAGCUGACUUAGACUGACUUGAAAAUAGCGAAAGGGAAAAUACCUUUUUAACAGCUUACAGUUCUUUCAGUUCCAGUCCUUAAGUACUUAAAGAAAUCAUGUUUAUUUCACAGGGUGCAUGACACAUUUUUCAGAAUUAGCAAUUUGCUGUAAGCAAAGACAGAAACCGUUCUUCUUUAGUCAUUCAUCAGUGCUUUUAAAACACAAAGGUCUUGGAAUUAAAGCAGUUCAUAAAUGUCAGUGCUUAAAUGGAGUUUUGUGAAAAAUUGUAAGAUUAAGAUUGUAGUGACAAGUAACUGGCAUAACAUCAUUCCCCCUGUUUAUUCAGUUUUAUUGUAAUUUUAAUAAUCCAAACCAAACAUUGGAUUAACUGACAUUUCAAUUUAGACUUACUUGACCUUUUACCUCAAUCCCAACAUGUUCUCCUAAUAACUUUUAUACCACUCCUGAAUGAUAUUUCUAAGGAUCAUCCUUGUUGCGUUGUGCCUUCCAUUCUAUAAAGCUGAACUGAAUUGGUGUGCUUUCUUUUAUUUGCUCCCAGAUAACUGAGUGAUUUUAUGCCUCUUUUAUGACCAAACAUGCUUCUGUAAUCCUUGUGCAGUAACAGUGCCCAUGACAGCUGUUGUUUGUUGUCAGUUGUACUUUUUAACAUUUUAGGGAAGUUUUAAAGCAUCGUUUGUAUGAGCAGGGAUGAUGUGAGCAGUUUUAUUGGCAUAUAUUUUUAUGGAUAACCACACUGUCAAAACAGAUGUGUUUAAAGCAACAUGCUGUUUUUGUUUUGUUUCAUUUUAAAUGUGUAUCUGUUCAGUUAAGUACAACACAUUGUGUUACAAAAGAAACUCUGUGGCACUCUUAUUAAAUGAAAAAGCCUUUAUUAUAACAUGGCUGUGGAUAAACAAAACUGCAGUUAGAAGAGUGACAGAGAGAUUCAUUUUUUUUUGUAUGAGAAUGUAUAUAACAGUAUAUUCCUCUACCAGCAGCACUCUUUCAGUAUUUUUAUUAUACAAUGUGGUAAAAUAGAAUGUGCUGCCAACACAUCGUUUUUGACAGUGUACAAAGUACAUGACUAGAAGCAUGGAGAUGGAUUUACGCAUGGAGAUCCUCAAGCUUUCUUCUAUCGUGUGCCUUGAGGAAGGGAGCAAAACAUGGAAACAACCAAAGAUACUGACCACCGUCAUAGUUUUAUGUUUUAAACGGGAAUUCCACUAAUUUAACUGUCUACAUAAUUAAAUUGUUAAGAUGCAAACAGUCAUUCGGAUUGGUUUGAUGUGAAGUAGUCCAUUGUAGAGACUUACCGUCAGAUUUCUUUACAGUGGUGGUGAUAGGAACCAAACGUCCUAGGGUUUUAAUGCCUCUAAAGGCUACCUCACAGAUAUGUUGUCUGAUGCCUGACGUUGUUUUUAUGAUCAUUUUUUCUGAUAAUAUAUUGCCCUAAAUCACAUAAAUAAAAAAAAAAACACAUUUAAGACACAUUUAAGACAUAAGGCAAAGUAGUACCCAAAGAAAACUUUUUUUAAUCAAUGUUACAUAUAAAAACUAGGUUUACUGGUCACUUUGAACAGUAAAUAAGAUGGCUAUAUUUGUGAUGUAGACUCCUGGUUCCUAUCACCACCACUGUAAGAAAUCUUGACUGUAAUUUACUCUGCAGUAAACCGUUUAUGUUAAACUGCUCUGAAUUGCUUUGUUUACAUCUCAACAAAGUUGAUUUUUUUUGUUAAUCAGCAGAAUUUCUUUUUAAAUUACACAAUCAUUGACUGACACCUGAAAUGUAUGUUUUUAUGUCAUCACUUUUCUGUAGAGUACAACUGAAUCCUGUCAGUGCAGUUCAUGAAGUUUAUGGCCUGAACCCCUUUGGCUGGUUUAAAAGACUCAGACUAGGCCUAAGACUUAGCAGAGACGAUAUGUUGCUGUUGCCUUUAAGUCCAACUCAGCAACUCGUAAGGGGCCGUAAAACUGAGCCAAUCACUAGCAGUCAGUGCAGAUCUGUAAUAACUGGUUGUUGGACAACCUCUCGUGUUUUAUACUUAAAGAGGAACUUAUUUUAACAUGCUUGAAUUUUAUAUAAAGUUAUAUUCUGUUAUUCUACUACUCAAGAAACUACUCACUGUUGCGCGUAACCAGAGUGGCAACCUAACAGUAUUUUGUAACACCUGUAUUUUUGAUCCUGACAGUUUCUAUAGGAAAUUGAUGUACAGUUCAUUGUUGUGUAAUAAUUAUAAUGUCAUAAAAGGGCAAAUAUGAUUCUGAAAACAUCUAAAGAAGCACAGGUGUAAUACAUGUUGCGCCGAGUUAUAUAUUUUGGCAUUAAUACUUUUAUUUUUUCUAUCAAAGCCAUAACCACUAAUGCUUUACUGAAGUCUGUAAGUCUGUGCUGUAGUGUUUCAUAUACAUUACAUCUUUCAUGAAGGUUCUGUUUUUUUUGCUUUGUUUUAACUGUAAAUAAAUAUUCAGAGUUUAA